UUAGCAUUCUUCAUGUAUUUGAUAUAUCUUUGAAGGGCACUGCUCCACAACAACUGAGGACCCGUGGGCGACCCAAGCACCGUCGUGCCUCUACAACUGCGGCUCUCACAUGGGAAGCUGCUCCUGCUCCAGCUCUUGUCAAUACUACGGCAACUGUUGCCAUGACUUCCACUGGUACUGCUCCACAACAACUGAGGACCCGUGGGUGACCCCAGCACCGUCGUGCCGCUAUAACUGUGGCUCUCACAUGGGAAGCUGCUCCUGCUCCAGCUCUUGUGAAUACUACGGCAACUGUUGCCGUGACUACCACUGGUAUUGCCCUUCAACAACAGAUAUCCCCUGGUGGCCAACCACAGCUCCAACCUGUGGGGGCUACUUGUAUGGCGGCGGAACUUUCACGAGCCCCAACCACCCGCACCACUACGAUGACAACAGCCGUUGUGAGUGGCACCUCAGGGUGCCACGUGACAGCCGGAUUUUCCUGAGGUUCACCUUCUUGGAACUGGAGAACUGCUGCAGUUGUGACUACAUCAGCGUCUACAAUGGUAAUUCCAUUGGUCAUCCGUAUCUGGGGAGGGUCUGCAACGGCUCCGUCCGGACCUUCCAGUCCACCAGCCACGAGAUGACUGUCGUUUUCCGGACCGACAGCUCUGUGGUGGCACGAGGAUUCACAGCCGAGUACCACAGCAUUCUGUCUCCCAACUCAGGAUCAGUCGACUGCUCCUCCUCCACAAUGACAAUCGUCCUCCAGAAAAACUACCUGCAGUCUUUGGGCUACGAAGCACACAACCUGUUCCUGAACGACCGCAGCUGUCGACCUCGGGAAAACCCUUGGGAUGUGGUCUUCAGCUUCCCCAUCCACACAUGCGGCAACAUCCAAACGUUUCAGAACAGCUCGGCGAUCUACUCCAACACACUGCGAGCGUUCCCCUCCUCCAGCGGCGACGGCGUGAUCACGCACCAUGACUUCUUCCGCCUGAACAUCACCUGCCUCAUGGCUCAGGAGUCCGAGUCCCACAUUAUGUACAUCGUCAACCACAAUCAAAAUAGCAGCAUCAUUGGAACCGGCAUGUUCAACACCAGCAUGGACUUCUACACAUCCAGCAGCUUCUACUACAAGGUUACUGAAAGCCCGUACGAGGUGAAUCUCAACCAGUACAUGUACGUGCAAAUCAAUCUGGACUACUACGACUCUAAGCUGGUGGUGUAUAUCGACACCUGCGUGGCGUCUCCUUCUCCCACUGACUUCGAGAACAGAGCUCACUAUCUGGUCCGUAACGGGUAA